UGAUAACAAGGUCACACGUGAAUUCAGCGGUCUUCCAAAUUGUUAUCGUGGUUCAAGGUCAGAGGCUUCGUUGUUAGCCUGUCGGUUUUUACGAGUACAGGGAGGAAAUCAACUAUGUCAGUCUAAGCAGAGGAGCCUACUGUUGAUCUCGAAAUAAGCUGUAAAAAUAGUUGAAGAAAUAAUAAUACCAUUGAUAAUACUACAGUCCGUUAUAUACGCAUCAUCUCAUAACAAGGUUUAUCUACGAAUGUCUAAGAAUUUUAUUGACAAAUUACGCAUAUUUGUUAGAGCUGGUAGUGGAGCUGCAGGCAGUCCAGCUGUAAAAGGUCAAGGAGGCAAUGGUGGCAGUGUCUACUUAGAAGUUGAUGAAAAGCAAACACUGCAUAAAUUACUACAAAGUAAUCCAACAAAACGUUUCAAAGCAGAACAUGGUCUAGAGGCUAGUAAACGUCGAGGUGUAGUUAUUGGACAGGAUGGUAGAGACUUGACGAUACCAGUUCCUGCUGGAAUAACAGUCCUAUUCGGUGGUCAAGGGAAUUCAUCAGCUAGUGGUGGUAGUGGUACAGAGCAAAGAAUUAUUGGAAAUUUAGAUAAACCUGGUCAAAAGUUACUCGUAGCUCAAGGUGGUCUAGGCGGUUUUCGUCAGAAUAGUUAUGUUGGUACACCAGGGCAAGCGCAUAGUAUUAUACUGGACUUAAAGCUGAUGGCUGACUAUAGUCUUGUAGGCUUUCCAAAUGCUGGUAAAUCAAGCCUGUUGAAAGCUUUAUCCGGGGCACCAGCUAAAAUAGCCAGUUAUCCAUUUACUACAAUUAAACCACAGGUGGCACUUUGUAAAUAUCCAGACCAUCGACGAAUUAGUCUAGCCGAUUUACCAGGUCUUGCUGAUAUCUACGCUCGUUACGAUGUCAAUGAUAAUGAUGGUGAUAGUGAUAAUGAUAAUGACGGUAAUAGCUCAGUUAAUUCUCAAUCAUCGAAUACAUCGAGGACUUCUCUGCCUAGUCUCCGGCAUACAAACUUUUUAAAGCAUGUUGAGCGUAGUUCAUGCAUUCUACUUGUCUUAGAUUCACUUGGUUUCUGUAAAGAUCAAUUAAGUCAUCGGAGAAAUGCAUUAGCUGUUGCCUAUUUAGUAUUAAAUCAAAUGGAACGAUGGUCUAAUGGUUUGCUGCUUGAAAAACCAAUGGCUUGUAUAUUAAACAAGAUUGAUAAUCCAGGUGCAAUGGAUGAAGCCUUAGAGACUAAACAUUACCUUGAAUGUAUGGAUUCCCCAGAGGCGAAAAAGUAUUCCCAGUUACCACCUCAGCUGUUGCCAAGUAUCACACCGAAAUUUCAUUCAAUUGAAUUAGUGUCCGCUUUACGUCAUACAAAUAUUCCGGAAUUAAAAGAAAAAUUACGUAGUUGGUUAGAUGAAAUUGAACUUAGAAAAUGGAAAAAUGAUAUCAGUCUACAGAGUAAAACUCAACAGGAGAAAGAAAGAAAAUCACUGAAGGAUAUACAACCAACUUAUUACUGAGGGAUAUUCAUAUAUUGAUUUAUUGAUUCAAUCAUUUUGUGAUAUACUACUGUCAAUAUUACUAUCAUUAUUAUUAUUAUUAAUACUUUUAUAUUAGGUUAAAUCUUAGAUGAUUGUUGUACAUUACAUGUAUUGAUCGAUGACUGG